UCUGUCUAUUUAAUUCUCGUCCGGCGCCCCGUCCACAAACUCCCUCGAUCAAGAAGCAAAGCAAGAUGUGUGACGACGAAGUUGCUGCCCUCGUUGUGGACAAUGGAUCUGGCAUGUGCAAGGCCGGUUUCGCCGGCGACGACGCUCCCCGCGCCGUCUUCCCGUCCAUCGUCGGCCGCCCCAGACAUGUGGGUGUGAUGGUCGGUAUGGGUCAAAAGGAUUCGUACGUGGGUGACGAAGCGCAGUCCAAGCGUGGUAUCCUGACCCUUAAGUACCCCAUUGAACACGGAAUCGUCACCAACUGGGACGACAUGGAGAAGAUCUGGCACCACACCUUCUACAACGAACUCAGGGUGGCCCCUGAGGAGCACCCUGUGCUGCUCACCGAGGCGCCGCUCAACCCUAAGGCCAACCGCGAAAAGAUGACUCAGAUCAUGUUUGAAACGUUCAACACCCCUGCGAUGUACGUCAACAUCCAGGCUGUCCUGUCCCUGUACGCCUCAGGUCGUACAACUGGUAUCGUCAUGGACUCUGGUGACGGCGUUUCCCACACUGUUCCCAUCUAUGAAGGUUAUGCCCUUCCCCAUGCCAUCCAACGUCUGGAUCUCGCUGGUCGUGACCUCACCGACUACCUGAUGAAGAUCCUGACCGAGCGCGGCUACACCUUCACCACCACCGCCGAGCGAGAAAUCGUGCGCGACGUCAAAGAGAAACUUUGCUACGUCGCCCUGGACUUUGAGCAGGAAAUGGCCACAGCCGCGUCCUCCAGCACUUUGGAAAAGUCGUACGAGUUGCCCGACGGCCAAAUCAUCACCAUCGGCAACGAGCGUUUCCGCUGCCCUGAGGCCCUUUUCCAGCCGUCCUUCCUCGGCAUGGAAGCGCAGGGUGUCCACGAGACCACCUACAGCUCCAUCAUGCGCUGCGACCUGGACAUCCGCAAGGACCUGUACGCCAACAUCGUCCUGUCCGGAGGCUCCUCCAUGUACCCUGGCAUCGCCGACCGUCUGCAGAAGGAAAUCACCGCCCUCGCCCCCAGCACGAUGAAGAUCAAGAUCAUUGCUCCGCCGGAGAGGAAAUACUCCGUCUGGAUCGGCGGUUCCAUCCUCGCCUCCCUGUCCACCUUCCAGCAAAUGUGGAUCUCCAAGCAGGAGUACGACGAGUCCGGCCCAUCCAUUGUGCACAGAAAGUGCUUCUAAGCUGCCGUAGUUGUUAGGAAAACGAAUGCGAGAUCUAGUGUGCGUGAUGAGGAAAAUCAUUUUUCAUGAUUUAUUCACCUUUUGAUUUUUUACAUUUAAUGCAUCAUUGCGGUGCUGCAAGUUGAGGAAUUGAAGAUAAUUUUUUGUGGAAAUUCUGAAUUUUUCUCACUUCUGAUUGUGAUUGUAAAAUAAAAGGCUAUAUUUAUAUAUUAAAGUGUGCCAAAGACAAAAGAAAACUA